AUCAGGUCUGCUGUGGCUCCUUUGUCUAAUUGUCUCCACUGAUAAAAUAAAAAAUAAAAACUCAAUUCAAUUCACCGACUGAGCCAUUACUCCGGUGAGAAUACAAAACAAUCCGAUGCAAUCAACUAAUGUCGGCGGCGGAAGUGGUGACUGUGGCGGUGGAGGUGGAGAGAUGAGUCGAAGUGGGUUAUCUCGGAUCCGUUCAGCUCCAGCUACUUGGAUUGAAACCCUACUUGAAGAAGAAGAUGAAGAAGAGGGUUUGAAACCAAACCUCUGUUUAACAGAGCUUCUUACUGGUAAUAAUAAUAACAGUUCUGUCGGGAUAACGAGUCGUGACUCGUUCGAGUUCCGGACUUCUGCUGAACAGGGUUUGUAUAGUAAUAGUCACCAAGGUGGUGGCUUUCACCGUCAGAAUAGUUCUCCGGCGGAUUUUCUAAGUGGGUCUGGUCCGGGGACUGAUGGGUUUUUCUCAAAUUUUGGGAUUCCGGCGAAUUAUGAUUACUUGUCGCCGAACGUUGACAUUUCUCCGACGAAACGGUCUAGAGAUAUGGAAACACAGUUCUCUUCUCAGAUGAAAGAAGAGCAAAUGAGUGGUGGGAUAUCAGGAAUGAUGGAUAUGAAUAUGGACAAGCUUCUUGAGGAUUCAGUUCCUUGUAGAGUUCGUGCUAAACGAGGUUGUGCAACUCAUCCUCGUAGCAUUGCUGAGCGGGUGAGGAGAACGCGAAUAAGUGAUCGGAUAAGGCGGCUGCAAGAACUUGUUCCUAAUAUGGAUAAGCAAACAAACACUGCAGACAUGUUGGAAGAAGCUGUGGAGUACGUGAAGACUCUUCAAAGCCAAAUCCAGGAGUUGACAGAGCAGCAGAAGAGGUGCAGAUGCAAACCUAAAGAAGAGCAAUAAUGUUUCCUUUUUAGGUUUUGAUAUAUAUAUAUAUAUACAUAUAUAUGUUAUUUUUAAAAUCUAAAUAUGGGUAUGAUCUGUUCGAAAAUUCGAAACAUGAUCCUAUAUUGAACUAGAGGAAAAACAAUAUAGAUGAUUUGAUGUAUGAAUUUUUAGCUGUAAAAUUUUUGUACAAUAAGGAGGAAAGUUUUAAAGAUUAGUCAAUAAAUUUAAAAGAA